ACGUAACAAUUGAGUUUGGUAAUUGAUGUGACGUAGACAACUUAUAGUGGAUGUCUCAAAGCGUGUGCCUCUUAUCUUGCCUGUUUCUAGCAUCCUAUCUGCUGUGUGCACUCUUUGUACUAGCACCACUUAGAUGAUGACAUCCUGAAGUAUUCGUUAUGUAAAGGCUUAAAGCUCAUCAGGUUACAAUCAGUGCCAAAAUGGCUUAUUUCCAUAUGCUGCAGCUCCAAGCUUUGUUAUAAGACAUCCCUGUCUAUGGAAGAACUCACUGAAUAUUACAUCCAGACAGGAUUUACUUUGCUCUGGGCUUUAAGUCCUACGAUAUCACCAGACUCAUUUCAAGGGCUGAAGUCUGGUUUGAAUGGGUGGAAAGGAGCCGCAAUUUGAUGCGUAGAACGACGUUCAGCAGGAAGACUAUGGAGUGGUUGUGUUUCGUGCUACAAGAAGCGUCAAGAGAUGCUGAUCACUAUGUAAGAAGAUGGAAACUAAAGGAAGAACAAUCAAACUUCUUCUGCGCAAGGAAAACCAACAAGUUUGGAAGAUUUAUAAGUAUUGUUUGUACAGGGAGAAAGAAGAUCUGUAAUUAUUAUUCCAGAAAUUACAUUUAAUGCAGGGUGGAAGGAUAUUGCAUUUAAGAUAAGUCGCUUCAUAAAUGAAAACAAAACAUCUUUUAUUACAAAUGCUCCCAGAGUCUCAGAUCCCAAUUCUCCCUUGGCAGCUUCUGUAAGAACCAGUAAAUGGCAAACUAGAGAAUCCAAUGCAGUCUUGAUUAAAACCAGCAACAACAGAAUCUUCUUAUCUGGAGGAGAUGCUAUGGCUGAGAAUGGACUGCUGGGAAGAUGUGUGGUUGGAAAUUUCAAGGAAGACCUGGACGAAAAGCCAACACUAGCGGAUAUCAGAAGAUGGUCAGUGAGCACAUGGAAAAACUCGUUCGGUGUUAACAUUUACGAGAUGGGGGGUUGUCACUUUCUCUUUGAAUUUCCAACAAAAUAUAUGGCGGAACAAAUCUUGAUAGGAGAGUGGAGAUGGAAGCGAGCAAAAUUUCAUCUGGAUUGGUGGUCACCGGUCGCCGGUUGUUGCUCAGACAAUCAACAAAAAAAGGAGAUCUGGAUCAGAGCAAUGGGUCUUCCUCUGCACUUCUGGACAGAAAAAGUUUUCAAAGCCAUUGGAGACAAAUGUGGAGGUUGGCUGGAAACAGAGGAAGAGACAAAGCUGAAGAACCAUUUAAAAUGGGCGAGAAUUAAAGUUAAAGGAAAUGGUGCAGAUGUCCCGAAGGAAGUGACGAUUGUAGAAAAUGGGUUAAUCUUUAUCAUACCCAUCUGGUGUGAAUCGCCGACGAGGGUUCUUCCUGGAGGUGAAGAAGAUACAGGAAGGGUCAAAGACAACAAGGCAAUAGAGCCCUAUGUCUCAGAGGUUAGAAGGGGUAGUUGUGGUAUAAAAGGGAGAGAGCACGUGGGCUCCUCAAAAGAUGUGCCCAAUGUGAAAGUAAAGGUGGAUAAGGGGGAGGGGGCAUCUGGCAGUAAUAAGGGGGGAGUUAAUAAUAAGGGUUUAGGUAUUGGGCCGACUAAGCAGCCCAAAACUCUUAGAGAUAGGGCAAAACAUAAUGAUCAGAAGGACUCAGUUUUAUUUAAUGAGGUGGGCUCAGUUUUAUUUACUGAAGCCCAAAUCUUUAAUCAAGCCCAAGUCAAUAUUGGCACAUCUGAUAUUUUGGAUCCAGUUGCAAUUGAAGUUGAAGCCAUUAACUUUGCUAUGUUGGAGUCUCCACGUAGUUCUGGAAACAUCGACAACGAAAUAUGGGUAGAUUCUCCUUCCCAUUUUCAAGAACAAAAUCAAAUGGUGGUUCAGGAAGAAGUAGAUAAUUACGUAGAUGCCAUGACAAACACAGAAGGGGAAAAUUCACAGAUUGACUUUCCAGGGGACAAUGGAGACAUGCAGAUGCUCAUGCCUUCAGAGUCAAACAAUUGGCCAAUUGAGGAGGUAGAACCUUUGAAGAUACAGCUUCAGGAGGAGGAAAUAGAGGGGGAAAUGGAUGCAUCUUUAUGGGUCCAUCAGAAUGUGCUUAAAUUGAGCAAACAAUAUGGGGCCAAUUUCCAUGGAUGCGAGAAAGAGGCUCUGGCCUUAUUCAUGAAGAUAGAUAGUUGCAGACAAGCAAAAAGGCAAGCAGCAGAACCUUUGAUUAUGGCAACUCAUAAAAAGAAAGGCACUCAAGAACUUAAAGGUUUAGUGUUUGAUAUGAAGUUCAAGAGCACUGGAGGAAGGAAUAGGGGAAAAGAAGUUUCAAUGGUGGAUCAAUGAAAGUAAAAAUCAUAUCUUGGAAUGUGAGGGGAUUGAACUGCAUUCAAAAAAGAAGGAUUGUAAAUAGUUUGGUUCAAAAGUGGAAAGCUGAUGUUUUCUGUUUCCAGGAAACAAAAAUUGAAGGGGACAUAGAGGAGAUUAUCAAGCAACUGUGGGGAAAUAGGGGUGUAAAGUAUGGGCAAUUGGAGGCUAGUGGAACUAGGGGGGGUAUUCUAAUGAUGUGGGAUAGCAAGAUUUGGAAGGGGGAGGUGGUUACUACUGGAUCCUACUCUAUAACAUGUAGAUUUGAAUCUCAAACUCAAAAUUACAUUUGGAUUUCACUGGGGUUUAUGCUCCAAAUUGCAACAAAGAGAGACAAAAAGUUUGGUGGGAAAUUGGAGCUGUGAGGGGUCUUUUCAUUGGUCCUUGGGUGGUAGGAGGUGAUUUUAACAUAGUUAGAUUCCCUUUUGAAAAAAGGAAUUGCACAAGAAACACUAGAGCGAUGACAGAUUUCUCUGAUUUUAUUAUCUGAUUUUAUUGAAGACAUGGAACUAGUGGAUCUUCAACUGAUAGGGGGAGUUUAUACAUGGACUUGUGGGGACAAUCACGAGAUCUCAUCCAGAAUUGAUAGGUUCCUUGUAACUGCAGAAUGGAAUGAUUGUUUUACGAACAUCAAACAAGAAAUUUUACCCAAAAUUUGCUCUGACCACACACCACUAGUGUUACAAUGUGGUAAAUGGGAACAAAAGAAAUCAUAUUUUAAGUUUGAGAAUUGGUGGUUAGAGACCGAAGGCUUCACUGAUAGAGUUAGAAACUGGUGGACUUCUUUUAUUUUUGAAGGCAGACCCGACUAUAUUCUUGCAUGUAAGCUCAAAGCACUCAAAGGUAGAUUGAAAGAAUGGAGUCAAAGCAAUUAUGGCAAUGUGGAGAUAAGGAAAAACUUAAUACUGCAUCAAAUAUCCGAAUUGGAUGCAAUCCAACAGCUAAGAGGUCUGAAUGAAGAGCAAAAGAUCAAAAGGGCAAAUCUUUUCAUGGAAUUUGAAGAAAAUGCUAAAAGGGAAGAAAUAGCGUGGAGACAAAGAUCCAGGACUCUAUGGCUCAAGCAGGGUGACAGGAAUACAAAAUUUUUCCAAAGAAUGGCCAACGCUCAUAGAAGGAAUAACAACAUUGAUCAGUUGUUGGUGGAAGGGGAGACUAUUGAAGAACCAGAAGCUAUCAAAAGGGAGAUCACAAAUUUCUACACCAAACUUUACUCUGAAACUGAAAACUGGAGACCCACUUGCAGUAUGCAUAAUUGUUGUACUAUCACUGAAGAAGAACAACAAGCAUUGCAAAGUCCCUUUGAUGAGAAAGAGAUCUUUGAAUGUUUAAAGCUAUGUGCAAUCGACAAAGCUCCCGGUCCAGAUAGGUAUUCAAUGGUUUUUUUUAUCAAGUAUUGGGAGGUAGUUAAGUUAGCUGUUGUGGCUACUAUCCAGAAUUUUCACUCUCAAGAGAUGUUUGAAAAAAGCUUCAAUGCCACAUGUAGCUUUGAUUCCAAAAAAGAAUGGUGCCAGGGAAUUAAGGGACUUUAGACCUAUUAGUUUAAUCGGCAGCAUCUAUAAGAUGAUCUCCAAAAUUCUCACUGAAAGACUUAAAAAGGUGAUGCACAAACUAGUUGACUCGCAUCAAAUGGCAUUCAUCAGAGGCAGACAAAUUACAGAUGGCGUUUUGAUAGCUAAUGAAUGCUUGGAUUCUAGGUUAAAGGAGAAAAAACCUGGCAUAAUGUGUAAGUUAGAUAUUGAAAAGGCUUAUGAUCAUGUAAAUUGGGAAUUUCUACUAGGGAUCUUACAGAAAAUGGGGUUCGGAAGGAAAUGGAUCAAUUGGAUGAAGUUCUGUAUUAGCACUGUCAGGUUCUCAAUUUUGAUAAAUGGAUCUCCUGAAGGAUUUUUCCCCUCCCAAAGAGGAUUGAGACAAGGUAACCCUUUGUCUCCUUUUCUUUUUAUACUAGCUAUGGAAGGAUUGAACAACAUGCUGAAGAAUGCUCAUGGGAAUGGCUGGAUUAAUGGUUUCAAUGUGGCUAAUAUUCAAACAAACAGGCUGGAAAUUACUCACCUUCAGUAUGCAGAUGAUACCUUGAUUUUUUGUGAUGCAGAGGAGAGUCAAUUAAGACAUUUAAGGGUUAUCCUGGUACUGUUUGAAGCUAUAUCUGGACUCCACAUCAAUUGGAGGAAAAGCCAAAUAUUUCCAGUAAAUGAGGUACCUAGGAUACAACUGUUGGUGGAUAUUUUGGGUGGGCAAGCUGGAACUACUCCAACCAUUUACCUGGGUAUGCCUCUGGGAGCAAAAAGCAAGUCCAAAGACAUUUGGAAUGAUGUUUUGGAAAGGUGUGAGAAAAAGCUUGCAAGAUGGAAAUCCAAUUAUCUGUCUCUGGGAGGUAAAUUGGUGCUCAUCAAUUGUGUUCUGGAUGCACUUCCUACCUAUAUGAUGUCUUUAUUCCCCUUACCAGCAAGUGUAGAGAAGAGAUUGGAAGUUUUGAGAAAA